UUAAACUACUCAGAUGGCGGAUGCUGCAGUGACGUUCCUUCUGGAAAAAGUGACGUUAGUGCUGAAAUACUACGGCGAUCUGAUCGGCGGCGCUGAAAAUGAGCUUCAAUCGCUCAAGAGCGAACUCGAAUCGUUGAAGGUGGCGGCACACAAAUCGAAGAAGCAGAAAGUCUUCAAACACAUGGAGAUGCAGACGAGAGACGUUGUUCAUGAAGUGGAGGACACCCUUGACACGUGUUUGGCCGCUGCCGCUGCCGCUGCGGAGAAGGAGGAGCAAAGAAGGCUGGCUCCAGGUAAUUCCGACCUGGCAAAAGAGAUCAUGUUACUCAUACAAAAUAAGGUGAAACCAAUGAUCGAAAAGGCCGCCGAGGUGGAAUUUGCUCAGAUGCAAAUCGGAGACGAAGCUGGCUCAGACGAUGAAGAACCGCCGGCAAUCCUGAGACAGACAAUCAGACGAGACAAUGUCGUCGUAGGUUUGGGAGAAGUCGAAAAGACCAUAGCUGGUUAUAUCAUGGAACAAAGAGAGGAGCUCGAUGUGAUAUCCAUCAUUGGUAUGCCUGGCCUGGGUAAGACAACAUUGGCAUCGAAAAUUUACGAGAGUGACAUAAUCCAAUCCGAGUUCCACAUUCGCAUAUGGGUCAACGUUUCUCAAAAUUUCAACAAAAAGGAGUUGCUCCUCGGCAUUCUGAAAGAGUUCAGCAGCGAAGACUUAUCGGAGGUGAGUGAGCAAGAACUCGAAGAGGAAGUUAUAGCAUUCCUCGAGGAAGAAAUGUUCUUGAUAGUUUUCGAUGACGUGUGGACAGUCGAAAACUGGAAUGCUAUCAAGAAUGUAUUGCCAACGAGCAAUGGGAUGGGUAAAGUCAUCAUAACCAGUCGUAAGAGAGAAGUCGGGGCGGCAGCUAGUCCUGUAAGAGGACCCUACAUGUUGCGAUUCCUCACGAAAGAUGAAAGUUGGGAACUCCUCAAAAUGGAGGUAUUUCAGGAUGUCGGGGGAUGUCCUGAAGAGUUGGAAGCAGUCGGGCAAGAAAUAGCCGCCGCUUGUGACGGAAUGCCACAUACGGUAGUUGUAAUAGGAGGAAUUCUUGCGGCACAGUACACAAAGCAACGAUUAAUGUGGAUGAUAAGAGAAGACUGGAUUAAUGUGUCUAAAGAUAUGACGUAUUUUCUAAGUAGACACGAGGAUAUGCGCGUCGAUAUUUUAGCAAUGAGUUACGAUACGUUGCCUGAUGAGUUGAGAGAGUGUUUUCUCUAUAUGGGGGUGUUUCCGGAAGAUCACGAGAUCCCUGCUUGGACAUUGACCAGUUUGUGGAUUGCUGAAGGAUUCGUACAACAAAAGGAAUCGCAAACCUUGGAGCAAACUGCGCGCGAUUAUUUGAACGGUCUUGUCAGCAUGAACUUAUUGAUAGUUGGCAGAACAAAUCCCAUGGGCGAAAACAAAACAUUCCGUGUCCACGAUCAGGUACGCGCAUUCUGCAUUUCUAAAGCUGCGGAGCUGAAUUUAUUCCACGAGGUAAAAAAGUCGUCCAAUGAAGGACUUUUUGAGCAGCCAAUACAAAAUUAUCGCCGUGUUUGUUUCCAUUCGGAUGAUCUCCCUGAUUUCCUGUCUGAAAAACCCGUGGGCAAAAGUGUCCGCUCCUUUCUAUGUUUCAGGGAUAGAUCCAUCGACCUGGAAACGAAAUACAUAACGGCUAUCCCCGAUGCCUUCGGCCUGCUCAGGGUUUUGGAUUCAAAAUCAAUCAAAUUCACUCUGUUUCCGACAAGGCUCGUCAAACUGAUUCAUCUGAGGUACGUCACUCUGCGUGUUGAUGACCUAAAGAUCCUUCCGGAACCAAUGUCUCAGCUAUUUAACCUACAAACUCUUGUGGUCGAAACAAAAUCGCGUACACUCGCCAUGAAAGCAAACAUAUGGAGGAUGGUAUGGCUAAGGCAUCUCAAGACAAAAGCAGCCAUUGUUCUCGACCAAAAAUGGGAAGGUGAUGCCGGUGAAAACCUUCAGACACUGAGUACAUUAUCGCCCGAAUCUUGCACCGAAAGCGUCUCCAAUAGGGCGCGCAACAUAAGGGAGUUGGGGAUUUGCGGGAACUUAAACGAAACUCUUCUCGAUAACGAUAACAAGUUCUUGGAGAAUUUGCGUCUCCUCGAAAAGUUGAAGCUGGUGCAUGAUGUGCACUACGAAGCAGCAAACGAUAAAGAUUAUAAGCCAAUGAUUCGUCUCCCUCAACACAACCGUUUCCCGCCAAAUCUGAAGAGGCUGACAUUGACGAAAACGUCCCUCGAUUGGAGGCACAUGUCUACCACGCUGGCAAUGAUUCCAAAGUUGGAGGUCUUGAAGCUAAAAGACAAUGCCUUCACCGGAAUGGUCUGGACAGCUGUCGGCGGUGGCUUUCCUAGUCUCCAAUUCUUGCUAGUUGAAGAUGCCGAUUUAGUUAUUUGGAAGGCAUCGGAUGACCAUUUUCCUAGUCUUGCGUGUCUCUCGAUUAAGAACUGUGGAAAACUGAUAGAAAUUCCGAUGGAGGUGGCGAAAAACCUCCAGAAAUUGGACAUAGACUUUCUUCGGAGAUCAGCUACUGAUUCUGCGAGGAAUAUUCUGAGACGAAAGGGAAGGGAUCAAGAAGAACAAAAUGUAAGAUGGGGGGCACGAUUCCAGCUAUCUGUUGGUUCUGGAUGCGAGUCGUAAACUAUCAGAUCAGGUACCGUAAUUUACAUGUUUUUUUUUUAUAGUUCACAUAGUAUACUGUACAACAACUAACUAUUCCUAUGUCAUUCAUCCAUUGAUGCAGCGGGUCAACGAGUAUAUAUACUGCGGUCUCAUGCCUAAUGCAGCCAGCUUCAUCAAUGCAAUAAAUACUGUCUGUGUGCGUGCGUGCGUGCGUGUGUGUAUGUGGAGUAGCCGGUGGGAUCGAGCAGUAAAAUAUGUUGAACUAGCACAUAUGCUACAGCAGACAUAUAUUAUAAUGUAAUAGCAUGUCUCAAUGUAAAAUAUGUUGAACUACCACUUGCUUCCAAUAAUUUAUACAUACACUGCAUGUUGUAUA